AGGUCACAACUUCCUUUUCUGUCUGUAGCCAUUAAACGUGGAUCUUAUCGAAAGUUGAAAAACCAUACUGUUUUCAGUACAAUAUUUAAGAACUUUCUUAAUAAACAUAACUAAGUUUUUGCCUAAUAAAGUAUAAAUUAUAUUACCUUUUAAAAAAGAUGGAUAAUACAUUUUUUAAUCCAUUUGCUGACACUGGUGAAGGAGUUGGUGGAGCCCCGGGAAUUCAAGGAUCACUUAUUCACAUCCGUAUCCAGCAAAGAAAUGGUCGUAAGACGCUAACCACAGUCCAGGGUGUUGACCCAAAGUAUGAUUUUAAGAAAAUUGUCAAGGCAGCCAAAAAAGAGUUUGCUUGCAACGGUACAGUUGUUGAACAUCCUGAAUAUGGUGAAGUAAUUCAGUUACAGGGAGAUCAGCGUGAUCAUAUCAGGAGUUUGCUCAUCAAAGUUGGAAUAGCAACCAAUGAGCAAAUCAAAGUCCACGGUUUUUGAAGAAAUUGUGUGUUUGUUUCUGUCCAAAUCAAGUCUCUUUGGCCUUUCCCCACAAACACUGGAGAAAUGUUCCCUCUGCAUAGUUGCACCGGCAUCCGGAGAGGAACUUGUGGGAACAAGCAGUAUGUUGUGCAAGAGGUGUGUGGAUGAUUUUUCUGCCUGGUUUGGCUCCAUAUAUGUGUACAUACUUUUUUGAAUGGUCGAGUGGUGUUGUGGAUGCUGUGUGACUGGGUAUGAGUCGUAUAGUUAUCUGGGAAAGCUAAGCUACAUUGUUCUUAUAGUAAAUUUGUUUGAAAAAUUUUAAAUAGAGCGCUACUGAUUUGAUUAUUCUUUCAUUAAAUUGACAUUUACUUCAGAGGCUGGAGAUAAUUAUUUCUUUAAGGUGAUUUUGUUAUGAUACACAAUGCAAUUUAACAUUAUAUAAGCAAAUUUUAUGAAUGGUCUUAAUUUAUAAUUGUGUUGAGUAUUAAUCUGUACACCUUGUUCAGGGUGGCGCAGAGAUUUUUAUCUUGUGUUGAGGAUGUGAUUAUAACUAUGCCAUCCGAAGGCAUGGUGUGUGCUGUUGGACUGGCUUUAUCUCGAAGCCUUGUUAGAUAUUUGGUCAUGCUAAAAUAGUAUUUAAUUACAAAUCAAAUUUAAGUUUUGACUUUUUAGGCUCAGUUUGUAUUUCUUGUAUGUCAAAACUUUCUGAUGUAGCCACUUUUUGAAAAUGAUUUUAAUAAAACUAAAAAUGCAGAACAAAUG